GUCAUGAAGGUUUAGGUAAAAGAAAGUUUUGAAGUACAGCUUAAAACACACCAACUAAGAUGGAUAAAGCUAUUGAUGGGAGUUCUGCAGAGCUACUUCAAGCUCAAGCUCAUAUAUGGAACCAAACUUUCAACUUCAUAAACUCUGCUUCACUAAAAUGCGCAGUUCAACUGAGCAUACCAGAUGUGAUUCAAAGCCAUGGAAAACCCAUGACUCUCACCGAGCUUGUCACUGCACUCCCAAUCAAGCAAGCUAAAGCUUGCUACAUUUAUCGCCUCAUGCGAGUCCUAGUUCACUCUGGCUUCUUUGUUCAACAAAAGAUUAACAAGGAAGACGAACAAGAACAAAGGUACUUCCUCACACCGGCUUCUAGGCUCCUUCUCAAAGACGAGCCAUUGAGUGCAAGGUUGUUCUUGCUGCUCGUACUAGAUCCUAUUUUAACAAAACCAUGGCACUUCCUGAGUGAUUGGUUCCAAACUGACGAUGCUACACCAUUCACUACAGCUCAUGGAAGGAGUUUCUGGGAAUACAAUGCUGAAGAACCGAGGCUUGGCAAUUUGUUCAACGAAGCCAUGGCUAGUGACUCACGAUUGAUCACAAGCGUGCUGAUAAAAGACUGCAAGGCGGUGUUUGAGGGAUUGACAUCGCUUGUUGAUGUUGGGGGUGGCACGGGGACUGUGUCCAGGGCCAUUGCUGAAACAUUACCAGACUUGAAGUGUACUGUGUUUGAUCUGCCACAUGUGAUUGCUAACUUGCAAGGGACUGAGAAUUUGGAAUUUGUUGGAGGGGACAUGUUUGAGGCAAUUCCUCAUGCAAAUGCAAUCUUACUUAAGUGGAUUUUGCACGACUGGAAUGAUGAAGAAUGUGUGAAGAUAUUGAAGAAAUGUAAAGAAGCAAUUCCGAGAAAGGAGGAGGGUGGGAAGGUGAUCAUCAUAGACAUGAGUGUAGAGAACCAGAAAGGAGAUGACAGGUCGUUCAAAGCACAGCUCUUCUUCGACUUGUUGAUGAUGGUUCUACUUACAGGUAAAGAAAGAGACCGUAAAGAAUGGGACAAACUCUUCUCUGAUGCUGGAUUCAGUCACUAUAAAAUCACUCCAAUGUUGGGUUUAAGGUCUCUCAUUGAGGCUUAUCCUUGAUAGAGGUCGUCAAUACAGGGUUGUACUGCGUACUAUCAAGCAACUGGAAUUGCGUGUGUAUGUACAAAGAAGUAUAGGAAUGCAUAAAUCAAUCAUGGACCUGUAUACAGUCCUCUCAUAUCCAUGCCCAUGCGAUAGGUCUGUGUCUGAUUCUAUGAUUAAUUUGGGCAAAUAGAAGAAUUGGAGCAUGCUCAAGUUGUGCAAGCAUGUUCGUGUCUGCAGUGUUAUCGAAGUCAUGUGAUAAACCUUUUGAGUAAUUAUUUUCAAUAAAUUUAUGCAUAACUAGCUAGCUAAAAUGCAA